AUGAAGGGGUUGAUUGUCCUCUCUGACUCCUCGGGCGACGGCGGCGACAACCACAGCUCCACCUUCUACAACGACGACCAAGAUCCUACGCAAGCGGCGGACGCCUACAACUGUGCCGGCGACUUGAAGGGCGAAGGCCCAUGGGUCUAUGUGCAUUUGGUUGUCCCAGGCAGCAGCCAAACGGACGGACGCUACGGUGGCGACGGGAGCGUCCACAGUCCUUUCCUUCCUCUUAUCCACUAUGCGCCGGCGACUACGCCCAUUCGGUCGUGCGCUGGCGCCCAAUCCCCGUCGCCGGCGACCACAAGCAACGACCGUUGCACCUCUCCGCGCGCCACCCCGAGGCGCCGCGCCGCCAUCCUCCGCAACCCCGACCUUCUCCUCGACCUCGCCUCUCCGUGCGAACAAACGGCGUCGCCGCCGGCGGCCACGACCACCGUGCUUGAACUGACGGGCGCCGACGGCACGGGGCUCAUCUUCGAGGUGUUCGCCAUGCUGGCCGACAUAUUCUCCGGCGGGGUCUCUCCAUGGCAACGGCGGCGCUGCACCUGUGAGAAAGACAGAGGUAAGGGAAGAUAUAAAGGAGGAGAGGCAGGGAGAAGGAGAGGGCGCGAGGAGGUCCCGUCUCCCGCGUGGGGUGGGGGGGCGAGGUGCACGGCGGCUGCACUGCGUGCGGCCAGAGAGAGAGCCGGGAGGAAUAAGCGAAGGAAGAGGUGGCGGGAUCCUGCGGGGCUGGAUUGGAGCCCCGGUGGUGCUACUGCUGCCGUUGGACGCCGGCCGAAGGGACAAGUCCCUAGAGAAGGACGGGGUUCAAGUUGUUGGGCCGGUGGCAGGGGCAGCAUGAUGUUUUCGUCAGAUCUUCAAUAAGGAUCAUCAAGCCCUCUGUUUUUUAUAUGAAGAAUAGAUAUUGUAAUUGUGCCUCCAUUACGUCUAAAAGUCAGGUAUCGGAAAACUGUCAUUGGCAUAUCUCUGUCAUGAUGGAAGAUUGGUUAGACAGAAAAAGGACCUCUGGUUAUGUAUGACAUGAUGCGAGGCACAUAUCUCUGAAUGAAGCGCAACAAGAAUUGACAUCCUCUAAUGCUAACUGUUGACCAUUCUUCUCUGAAGUAUCAGGUCAGUAUCCCAUGUGCCCCCUAUUCAUCUGUCAUCGCUGCAUAAAAAUUUAAUGCAGUUUUUAAGCCUAUGUUUAAGGAUAGCUAAAUCUCUAUGGACCAACCAUAUUAUCUUUUUGAGAUAAUAAAUCAACCUUCAUCAUGUACUUAUGUUGUAACUUCUCCCAUCUUUUGUGCUAUUAUCUAAAAGAGGUGUGGAUUGGAAUCAGUUUUUUUUGCUGCACCCCCAUUCCGACGAGGUCACGCACACAUACCACCGGGAAUCCCACGAACCCUAUGUUCGAGCGCGAGCGACGGCAAUAGCAUCUGCAAGUACUUGACCAACACGCUACCCGGGUGUGGUAUCCACUAUUGAGGCCAAGCAACCUAGCUCGGUCAUCCUUAAGUGUGCUUGUGUCCACCACCUGAUGAAGAACGGGAGAAGAUUGCUGACUUUGUGCCUAAUGAUGGUUGCCUGAACUUCGUAGAGCAAAUUGACGAGGUGUUGAUUGCUGAGUUUGGUCUUAAGAGGCACGUCGUGGGAGAUAUCCCUUAUGGCAGGUUCAAAGUUGUGAUGGUAUCUGGUGUCUCCCAGCGAGAUUUGUUCCUUCUCUUAACAGUUACUAUUAAGGUGUCAACAAGCAGUCUUCGGAAUCAUCAAUAAGCCAACAGCGAGAAAUAAGUUUAAGAAUUGAGUUCCCUUAACAGGGAAAUAAGGAAGGGAAGAAACAAAUAGGGAACAAUCAGAUGAAGCAUCAAGAAAAAUGGAUUGAACAAUCAGAUGAAGCAUCCAGCUCGAGGAGAAGCAUGGUCUGCAAGGAGACCAAUCAUCUUGAGGUGGUUCUUUCAGCUACUGCAUGUUCCAUUACGGAGAAGGGUACUUAGUCGAUCUUAGGAGCCAGACUCUGCUCUUCUUGCAGGGAGAAUUUCAACAAAUGGUACUAUUACUCUCCCAACAAUUCUUUUAUCACUACAAAAUGUGUAGGAACUUUAUUUUUCCCUGAGAUACUGUAAUUGAGGAACCGAGAGCCGCGACGGAACAUUGUAUUUUGCACUACAUCCUGUAUUUGCUUUGUGGGAAGCUGGCUUGAGGACAAAUAUGUCAGCUCCAUUUUCGCUGUGAGUGAUUCUUCAUAUGACGGUA